AUGGACUGCUUCCACGACUUCUGCCUUUCCUGCGACAAGCAGACCACCGAGGGUCUCUACUGCUCCCAAGCUUGCCGUUUGGCCGACCUUGAGAAGGCUGGCUCAUCAACACCCUCAUCACCCUUCUCACCCACUAUGGAGUCGAGCUCUCACUCCUACUUCCAACUUCCCGAGGCCUUUAGCUUCAAGCCUGCUAGCCUUACAACCUUCGAGUCAUCAUCACCUCGCCGUGCCUUGUCACCAUCAUCAUCACGAAGCUCAUUGUCGUCUUCGGCAGGUAGCCAAACCGGCAACAUCAUCUCAGAGCAAGCACGUACAGAGCUUCAAACAUACGUCAGCGCCUUCGACCAGACGCGCGAGAUGAAGAGGCGUUCAUUGAGCAGCCACUGA